ACUACUCUCUCUAUCCUAUUAGUAGGCAGAGCAUUAAGUUGAGGGGGAGGGGGUCUGUCUGGCACACAGAGUGGAGUGGGGAGAGAGAGACCGAUAGAGAGAGGGCGAGAGCGCGAGAGAGAGAGAGAGAGAGAGAGAGAGAGAGAGAGAGAGAGAGAGCGCUUUGCCUCUGCUUCGGUGGCAUCAUCUCCCGCCUGAUAUUCAAGCGCUACCUUCCUUUUCUCUCCUCCUCUCCUCCUGUCUCUCCUCCUCUCCUCUCCACUCUUCUCUUCCCCCUCUUCUCUGGUCGUCCUCCGCACUGCUUUGCGGCUCUCUGUGAUGUGAAUAUAAAUGAUGCUCCAUGACCCGUCGCUUUCAGUCCCUCCAUCCACUCCCAGCCGAUAGAACUGCUUUACAGCCACACAGCAGACCAGGCCCUUUCAGACCAGGUGCACAUAUCUGUCAUGUGAUCUCCAAUCUGCACUCCUCUUGUUGUCUUUCCCAAAGCAGGUGUUUGACUGACUUGAAGGAUGACCCAGAAUAGCAUGCAGGCGUUGCCCACGGCAGACGACACACAGAAGGAGCAGGAGAGCGAGGCCACAGGUACCCCCGACUCAGUGGAGGAGGUGGCAGGGGAAUCGCUCUGGGACAGGGCUUGGAGGACUGCACUGACCGCAGGGGCAUUCCUCAGCCUUUACGCCAUCUCACAGAUACUGGGAGUGUGGGUCGUGUACAUGUUGAAUGGAUACCAUGCGUUCCCAGCGGCUCAUAAAGUGCUGGACCUCAUGCAGUUCCUGCUCUCCUCCACAGACCAGGAGGCAUCAGCCCAGGAACAGGUGGAGAUCUGGAGGGUGGAGACGCUAUGCCCCCUGCUGGCCACACUGUUCCUUGGUGUUGUGAUCCUUGGCACUGGGACUCUCUUCUGCAUCCGGACCCUGGUGCCAGGACCCCAUCCCACCUUCCCCGAUGACCGACGCCAGUCCAUGAGCCGCCAGCCCUCCUUCACCUACUCGGAGUGGACAGACGCUAAGACGGACGACUUCUUUGACCUGGACCCUGUGCCCGAGACGCCCGUGUUUGACUGCUUCAUGGACAUGAAGGCCGACUCCGACCACGGCACUCUGAGUGUCAAAGCCGUGGGCCUUCAGGAAAGGCGAGGCUCCAACGUGUCUCUGACGCUGGACAUGUGCACCCCGGGCACCACGGAGCCCUACGGGGCGAUGCUAUCCCCGCGGGAUCAGACCACCCAGGAGUACCUGCAGAAGGCCUCCAACGUGCUGACCGCAGCCCAGCUGCACGCCAGGGCCCUGGACGACGCUGUGCUGCAGGCGGAGUUCUACGAGACUCCAAUGAACUUUGUGGACCCAAAGGAAUACAGUAUCCCUGGUGUAGUGCGGAAAAAUCGAUAUAAGACCAUUCUUCCUAACUCACACAGCAGAGUGCGCCUUAGCGCCACGGACGAAGACGACUUCCUCAGCACCUACAUCAAUGCCAAUUACCUGCGGGGCUAUGGGGAUGAGGAGAGGGCUUACAUCGCCACCCAGGGCCCGACGGUCAACACGGUGGGGGACUUCUGGAGGAUGGUGUGGCAGGAGCGCUCGCCCAUAAUCGUCAUGAUCACCAACAUCGAGGAGAAGAACGAGAAGUGCGCAGAGUACUGGCCAGAGGAUACUGUGACUUGUGAGGGGAUCCAAAUCACAGUAAAACAGCUCAUCCAGGCUGACGACUACAGUCUUCGGAUCUUUUCUCUGAAGUGUGAGGUAGAGGAGCGGAGCCUAAAGCAGUAUUGGUACACCUCAUGGCCUGACCAGAAGACACCAGACAAGGCCCCGCCCCUCCUCGAACUGGUCCAGGAAGUAGAGGAGGCACGGGAACAGGCUCCGCCCGGAAGUGGCCCAGUCAUCGUCCACUGCAGCGCUGGCAUCGGCCGUACUGGCUGUUUCAUUGCCACAAGCAUCCUCUGCAAGCAGCUGAGAAAUGAAGGGGUGGUAGACAUCCUCAAGACAACCAGCCAACUGCGCCUAGACAGGGGCGGGAUGAUCCAGACAGCUGAGCAGUACCAGUUUGUUCAUCACGUUCUCAGUUUGUAUGAGAAGCAGCAGUCCUACCAGACAGAGGAGUGAACAUGGCGGACGUCAGCAUCGUCCAGUCCCUCCUCACAGACCAAUGGCCCCGUCUGCCCACUCUCUGCCCCGUCUGCACUACAUCAGAUCCAGCCUUGCAUGCCAUUCCAACAGACCUGCCUGACCCUCCGCAUGGCAUCCCAUCGUCCCUGACCCACAGCCCUGACCACAGCGGCGCACCUCCGAAACACACCAACUCUGAUCGAGACACUUCAUCAGCAUUCAGAGGAAGCACGCGAUCGACAGUCAUUCCAGCAACCUGACCAAACACAUUCAACCACCUCUUUUGCGUAGCUUCAUCAGCAAACAUGAUCCAGAGAGAAGCAUUCGUUUUUGAACUGCCCCCCCCUCCCUCCACCUUCUCUCCCACCCUUUUGAGCACUGACUUCAUGAAGCCUGUGAGGGAACACUGAGGACAGAGGGUAGCUCAACGACUCCACCCUGGAUGCCAUCAGCGCACAUCCCCAAAGACUUCCUUGCCUCGCAGCCCAAAGCCUGACACUGGUAUGAGGUAUUGCCUCGGUGCUGCCGGACUCUCUCUCAAUCCGAAUGUAAGAAGGGUAGAUGGCCAUGCGUCACAAACCAGAUCUCAGUGUGUCAUCACAGCACAACAACAAUCCACUAUGGAGCAGGACGAAGAUGAAGAAGAACAAAAUCACAGAGGGACAAUCUCGACCUUCUUAGUCUUUUUACCGCCGUGUUUGUUAUGAGACUGACCGUGGUCAUGGGUCUCAUAAGAAUCUGGUUGUCGUGCUGCGUGGCUUAUCGGCAGAGCAGCAGUAUUGUUUGCCAGCCAAAAAAACUGAAGGAUUUAGAGCCUAAACAUUCAACGUCUAUCGGUCUCAACAGGGCAAAACUAACACACAUACGUACAUAGUUAACAUAGUCAACACUGAUGCCAAUUUUCCACUACAAGAGAGUGAAUGCAUUAUUGUGUGUUUGCGUAUGUUUAUGUGUGUUUGUGUGUGUGUCUGCAUGUGUGCGUGUCUGUGGGUGUUUGUAAGUGCAAGUGUGUGUGAGUGUGUGUGUGCAAAUACACAUGUGAGCAAAUACACACGUGUGCAUGUAUGUGUGCAUGAGAGAGAGAGAGAGAGAGAGAGAGAGAGAGAAAGAGAGAGAGAGCAUAUUAAUACGAUAUGAUGACAUGGGUGCGUGCGUAUCAUAAAAUAUGUCUUUCUUAGUUGAGAGAAGUCAGUCUCAAGCAUGUGCAGUAUUAGUUCAUAAUGGUUUGUUGAGUGGCUUGUUGGAGAGGCACAGAGCGGCUCUCCUCACCCAAAUUCUCCUAUAGAAUGUCUACAACUGCACAGGCAGGACGCCCUGCUAUUAACUACAACAAGCUAUAAUGUUUUUUAGACAUUGACAGCCUGCAUUGUGGUUGGUCUCAAGGAAUAGGUUAAUCUAGCACAUGUAUUUUAUACAUAAUGGCCUUACUCAGUGUCUGUCCGUUGGUCUUGUCCACAUGCCUUCCUGUCCAUGACUCUCCUGCUUGUUGCGUUUGUUCCUGGUGGUGUUCCACUUGACUUGAACACACAUUUGAUGCUGCACCUCAAGAUUUUAUGUGAUCAAAAUGCCGGUACACUGUAUAUCCAACUACUGUUAACCAUGUACAUAACAGCUUGCUUCUGUGAUGGAAGUGCGAGAGUGUGGCAUAUCGCAGGAGAUUUACAAACCCUGGAUUUGCAGGUGUCCCUCUGUAACUUGAUCAAUGACUGAUCUUUUAUUGAUUUGCCUGUUUCUCUUCUAUUGACUUGGACUUAAUUUGUAUGUGAGUCAGCUUACCCGUUUAGUUCUCUGGGUGUAUCAUUGGCAGCAAAAUGAGACAGAAGCAUUGUUCUAGAUGGCAGCUCUAUCAAAUGAUCUGACAGCUUUGCUCAGAUGUUUCUUCCCCCUCCCAGUCUGCAUGACAAAGUCAACAAUGAACUGUGUCCGUGUGAGUGACUCCGACAGAGUGUCUGAGACAUUGUAUCGGCGCUCUGCGUAAUCUGCAUCCAGUGCGGCGUGCCAUCCCUCAUCUCUGCCACUCACUGGAGCCGAGACUGAACGAGGGGAAAUGUGCACAGCACUCGGAGGAGGGAAUCGCUGGCUAGGCUUCAUUUAACGGUCACUCCAGUGAUGCCAGUGGAACCCCCCCCCACCCCCACUUCCCCCCCACCUGAUUGAUUUGUUACUGCAUUGAAAUUCAUGACCUGUCUUUUAAAUGUAAAUUGUUUAUUUUCGUCCACGUCUAAUGAAAUUGUUUGUAUCCUUAAUUAAUUAAGUAAUUAAUUACUAUUAAUUACUACUAGUGUAUCAUUGUGCUUUGUACUUACUAUAUUGGUUUGUUUCAGUCCAACGGACGUUGACUUCAUAUAUUUGCUUUAUAUUAUGUUUUAGUGUUAUGAUAAGUGUGUUUGAUAAUCUGGAAUGACAGCAUUGUUUUUGUUUGUUUUUUCUAACUGGUUUAUGUUUUGAUGUUCUAUCUGUUGCAGCAUUGCCAACAUUUCCCGGUUUCUGUACACUGCCAAAGACUUUCUUCAGAGUACAUUUAUACCCAUAGUAGAGGAUACUUUAGGCCGAUAAGACUGGACGUAUAGAAUGAAUGCCUAUUGUUCUGGUGCAUGUGCUCCAAACUGGAAAUAGACCCCUUGACCUUGGUGUUAUUUGCACCAUGUUCAGCUGACUGAGCCACAGCAACACCAUACUGAAAAUGCUAAUCUUAUAAAUAUACUCUGUUUGCAUCCAGCUAAUUCCUACAAAGUGGACUACUCAGACAAAGUGCAGCAGCAGCAGCAGUCUUAAAAUCACGUGACUGCAGCUGAUUAACUGUUGCCUUUGCAGACAUAAAAUGAAGGUCUUAGCGGAUACACACAAACAUCAAUUUGUAUCCAUGUUUCAUAUUUAUGCCGUUGCAGCGUUCUGCGUCUCGUCCUUCUUGUUGAAGUUAGAUUAAAAUAACAUACAAAGGACAAGAUUGCCAACUUAUUUCCAGUUUUUAUACCAACAGGAAAUUUUAUGAACAAUCCUGGGCAUUUUGAUGCUUAUUACGCCUUUGCCAGGGUUAUCAUGGUAAGCUUUGUCUCUUCAAGGCCGACUAAUAAUAAUAGAUCCAGAGUAGACCACACUCAGCCUUUCAUGGUGGUUUGAACAGGAAGUACUGCUGUGGGUGGUUAGAGUGGCACCCAGCACUUCCUCCUGCCGUCCACUGCUGCCAAGCUCCCUCUCUCUGCACUUGGCCUGGACGAGAUGGCCGCUCAUCACCCCCUGCUCCGUCCCAGAAUCCUCCAUCUGUCCGGGCCAUCUGUUCACCCUGGGCUGGAGCGAGUGCGGCCGACGCGACCGCAAACACUUCCCCCCUCUCUCUCUUCCACAUCAAGCCUCUGCCUGUGAGAUAAAAUACACUUCAGGUGCUCUGCUGUUGGCAAUGUUGUGAUGGAUUCUUAGCAUUCAAAGGAAUGUGAGGCGACGCCUCAUGUAUUCACUUCUGUUAUGUUGAAAUGUUCCUUUUUUCUUCAAAUAUCUCCAAUGAACUACCUGAAAUAUGUUUGUCUGUUAUUUAUUUAUGUAUGUAUUUAUAUUUAUUUGAAUAUUUAUUGUUUGAUAUAAUCAUUAUAUCCCAAUCAAUUUUAAUGGAUCCUAAAAUGGCAGAGGACCUCUUUUUAACCAUUGCCUAAUCAGAUGCCUUGUGUCCAUGCUGUGAAAGACCUACAUAGAAUGUAAAACCACUGAAUUGACCAUUUCAUGGCUUGUACGAUUGGUUAUUGCUUGAUCUUUAAAAUAAAAUGCUACUUGUAUUUAUCAAAGAAAA